UAUAUUUUAUCUAUUUAUUGUACAUUAUAUAAUUAAAAAUUAUUUUUAAUUUUUUAUUUACAGUUACAUACAAAAAAUGUUUAAUAAAAAUUGAUCGCAUAAAUUUGUGGGGAUGCGAAGGAUUUUCAUCAUGGUUACCGAGGGAAAAAUCUUAUAUCACAUUUUUUUAACGAAUACGAAUAAAUAUUAAAUUUCAGAAAAUCUCUUAAAUUAAACACGUAAAGCAGAGAGAGAGAGAGAGCAGCAGUAGAUUUCUAGUUUUUUUGGUUGCAGAGAUAUUUCUGGUGCUCUUAAUACAAAGAAAAACAAAUAAAAAGCCAAAAUAUUUUACCAAAAAAAAAAAAAAAAGCCAAAAUAAUAAGGAGAGAGAAGGAAGUCUACAGGCCAGACCAAGAGCAUAGAGGACCAGGAACUCUCUCUCUUGUUAUUAAUCCCAUGCUUUCUCUUCUCUUCUUCCUAAAUUCCUUCUUCCCCUUUUGUCUUCUGCCCUUUUCUCAAUUAUGCUCUUCUUCUUUCUCGUCUGCUCUCUAAAAGUUAAACUAGAUUAAUUAUAUACAUAAUAUUAUUGUGCUGCUUUUUAUGAUCUUUUAUUUUUCUGUGAGUUUGAAUUGAGAAAUGGGAACUGGUUGGAGGCGACAUUUCUGCACUACAAUCCCUCGAGAUCCAGCCGAAGAAUCCACUCUCUCUGAAAAGAUAAGUCCCAGUCCAAGUCCCACUCCCAGAAGCUGUACCAGGCUCGGUUUCUUCUCCGGUGGCAGCAAUCCUACUACCUCGAGGUUGCAAAACCAGGUUGGCGACCAUGAAAAUCCCCGAAAACUUGAGUGCAAAACCAGUACUCCAAACAGUAUUAGAACGUCGUUUCUCUCGAGCUCCAACCCAACUUCUCCUCGACCACCUCUCAAGCUCUCCCUCUUCCGAAACAGCUUCAAAUUUCGGAGCAGAUGCGGGAUAUGCUUGAACAGCGUCAAAACCGGCCAAGGCACCGCCAUUUACACGGCGGAGUGCAGCCACUCCUUUCACUUCCCUUGCAUUGCUAUCCAUGUCCGCAGCCAUGGCAACCUCGUCUGCCCCGUCUGCAGCUCCACCUGGAAGGACGUCCCUCUCCUCGCCAUCCACCAAAACCUCAACAACAACAACAACAACGCCGCCCAGAACGACGUCAUCCGAAGCCAAACCACCCCAAAGCAGAAACCCAAAUCCAAGCCCGCCGAGGCCGACAAAAAGAUAGUAAUGGAGUCCACAUCAUCACCGAGAGCCUCGUCCAAGCCAUUGUACGACGACGACGAGUCUCUUCUCUCUCCGACGUCUCGGAUCAUCCCCAUCCCAGAAGCCGACGACGAGGAGGCAGAAGACGAGGCCGUCGCAGACCCCAAGACCGACGACGUCCAAGAGUUCCAGGGUUUUUUCGUCAAUCCCAACUCUUCAUCUUCCGAUGCCCAGACCAACUGCAGAGAUUUUAAAACCAAUAAUAAUGUUCAGGUGCGGAUUUUGCCCGAAUCCGCUUUGCUCUGUUCGGGUCGGGGCUCCGACGCUUGCGUCGUGGCGUUGCGGGUCAAGGCACCACCGCCGCAUUUUAAACCGUCGCAUCGCGCGCCGAUCGAUUUGGUAACGGUGCUCGACGUCAGCGGAAGCAUGACCGGCGCGAAGCUCCAGAUGUUGAAACGCGCCAUGCGUUUGGUCAUUUCAUCGCUCGGCUCCAACGACCGGCUUUCGAUUGUCGCUUUUUCCGCUUCGACGAAAAGGUUGUUGUCGUUAAAGAGAAUGACGGCUCAUGGUCAACGUUUGGCUAGAAGGGUCGUUGACCGGCUUGCAUGCGGCCAAGGUUCGAGUGUGGGUGACGCCUUGAGGAAGGCGACUAAGGUGCUUGAUGAUCGGAGAGAGAAGAAUCCAGUGGCCAGUGUCAUGCUCUUAUCCGACGGUCAUGAUGAGAGGGUGAAAACAUCGGGCAAUCAUCAGUCAAAUUUCAGCCAAGUAUCGUCCACCCGGUUCGCUCACAUUGAAAUCCCGGUUCAUGAUUUCGGGUUCCGCAAAACCGGCGGCGUUGGCCAGGCGCCGGCUGAGGACGCCUUUGCCAAAUGCGUUGGUGGAAUAGUGAGUAUGGUGGUGCAGGACUUGAGAAUUCAGCUGGGCUUCGAUUCCGGCUCGGCUCCCGCGGAGAUAUCCGCUAUAUAUUCGUGCAAUGGUGGGCCAGCAAUGCACGGGUCAGCUUCUGUUCGGCUCGGCGACUUAUACGCUGAGGAGGAGAGGGAGCUUCUUGUGGAGUUGCGAGUUCCACGAGCUCCUGGAGCUCGUGGACCCCGAACUGUAAUGUCCGUCAGUUGUCUCUACAAGGAUCCUGCUACUCAGGAGAUAAUGUAUGGCAGAAAACAGGCACUGUUAGUACCUCUCGCGGAUGCCGUGGGAUCUUCGUCGUGUCCGAAGAGUGAAAGGUUGAGAGGGCUGUUUAUUACAACCCGCGCCGUAGCCGAGUCACGGAGAUUGGUUGAGCACAAUGACUACUCUAGUGCGCAUCAUUUGCUUGCGUCGGCUCGGGCUCUGCUCAUGAAGUCCGGCUCAGUAUCGACUGACGAGUACGUGCGCGUCUUGGAAGCUGAGCUGUCAGAGCUGCAUUGCAGAAGACAGCACAAGAUCAUGGAGGAGGAGCAGCAGAUGAUGAUGAUCCAACGGUGGAGAGGCGGUGGUGAAAGGGACGCGGCGGCGACAGCGGUUUUGGGAAAUGAGGAGCCUCUCACACCGACUUCGGCUUGGAGAGCGGCUGAGAAGCUGGCUAAGGUGGCCAUGAUGAAGAAAUCGCUGAAUAGAGUUGGCGACUUGCACGGCUUUGAAAAUGCUGGGUUUUAAUUCUUGUUUUAGAGGGAAAUUAAAGCACCUUUUAAAAAAAAAAAAAAAA